AUGUACUUCUUAGCUCACCAAAUCCUUUUGGUGACCAAGUCCCACCCCAUAAAGGCACUCCUACACCAGCCCCUUCUCACGGGAAGAAUAGCAUUAUGUCUAGUCUUGCUUUCUCAAUAUGACAUAAGUAUUAGAACUCCCAAAGCUGUCAAAAGCCAAGCUAUAGCAGAUCAACUGGCUCAGUUCCCGGGAAAGGAGGAAGGUCCGCUGAGUGAAGAAAUCCCUGGUGAGGUGGUAGUAACAGAGAUCCCAGGAAAGAAAUGGACCAUGAGGUUCGACGGGUCAGCUAUGACAACUUCAAAUGGGGUAGGAAUCGUACUAAGCUGUGAGAAUGGGAACACCAUACCCUUGUCUUUCAAGCUUGGUUUCUCGUGCUCUAAUAACACAGCUGAAUAUGAGGCGUACUUAACCGGGCUGACCAUAGCACUCAGUAUAGGAGUAAAGCAUAUGAGAGUGUUGGGAGACUCUAAUCUUGUAAUUUCCCAAGUGAAAGGUGACUUUGCGUUAUGGGAACAAAAUUUAGCAGCCUACAGAACUUGGGCACAAAGGCUGGAGUUGGAAUUCCAGACCUUUAGCAUAGAGUACACUCAAAGAAGUGAAAACAGGUUUGCUGAUACGCUCGCCACUCUGGGGUCCCAAAUACCAUUCAAAGGAAGGGACACGCUGAUAAAAAUAGGAAGGCAGGAACAUUCUAUUAUAAGGAUCCUCCAAGAGAUGUACCCCAGAGAGUCCAAAUAG